AUGCCAGCGCCAAAUGGCGACGCUCCAGCGGUCCAGCAGGCCGGCAAGAUGAGGCGGACGACCCCGAAUCGCGUGGUUCCAGUGAUCCCGCUCAUGCCCAAGGCCUCGAGGCCGCAGUCGAAACAAGACUCCAAGUCAAGAACCAAUACUGCGACUCCAAGCUCGGGUGAAGGGUUGGCUGGUGUGAGCAAUGGUGUCGAUGUGCAGAAGGCGGUGGACAAGGCAUCACAGCCUCCUGAAGCAACGCAGUCGAACGUGCUUCAGAACGGGCAUGCAACACACGAGGAUCAGGCCGGCAGUGCUGCGACGCAGACGCCCGACUCGAGUACGUCCUCUGGCGCAGCUGGUGCUACCCAGGAGCCCACAAACGGCGUGACACCAGAUGCAUCUGAAUCUGCCACUCGACAAGCCGAUCUACCAGUCCGAAAGCCGGUAGACCGAUUCGAUAUGCGUCAGAUCAGAACCGAGCUGCCUCCCGCAUUCGUCCCUGCUGCCGACCAGCACACUCCUCAGUCCGCAUCGUCAUCUCAGACCCGCCAACAACACCCCAUCCUCCCACACGCCCAUCGGACCCACCCAAGCGCCAGCAAUAUCAUCUUUGGAGGACACGACUCAGCGGGCUCGUCACCAGCUCCUCCGUUGUCAUCCAACUCCGCAUACGCACCUCCACAUCCUCAACAAGCGCCUUUUUUUGGUCAUGCACACCAUGGAUCAGAGCCUCAGAGCCAACGUGGAUACCCUCCCGGCUACCAGCAGCCACCAGCGCCCUGGCAGAUGCGCCCAGGGUUUGCGCCCGGCAUGCCGCAGCCCUACUACCACCCACACGCCCACAUGCCCAUGCGAUACCCCCCACGCGAGGCUUUCAUGCCUGGUGCGGCACCGUUGCCGAACGGUCACGGCUUGCGGUCUCGCUCGGGCUCCCAGGCUUCUUCUGCAGCGCAUGAAGUACAGAAGAUUGGAUCGGAUCUUCAAUCACCAAUUGGAACCGAUCAAUCUGCAGAUGCUGCCAGACACAAUUUCCCGGAGUCGAAGGCUGGAUUUCCCGGGCACCCUCGUCAUCUCCCUCCACAAUCGCAGCCUCACAUGCCACCUCCAAACUUUGGCCAUCCCGAGGUCGCGAUCAACCUCGAGAACGCCGAAUCCCUUCGAGACCACGUUCUUUCCCAGCUGAGGAACCCUGAGCUUGCUGAUUGCCAUCUUCAGAUCUCGGAGCAAGAAGGCUAUGGACGUCAUUACCUGGAAGGACACAAGCUGAUACUCGCUCGAUCCUCUACGCUGUUGUCUAUCAUCAGAAACAGCGAGGCACCAGCAGCUGCCACCCUUAAGACCCAAGUACACGUCCAGUUGAAGGGUAACUACAUUCGCGUGGGACCAUUCUUGGACGCCGUCAGAUACAUCUAUGGCGGACCACUCCCACCGUUUGACAUGUUUGGGGCUGGCGGAGCACCGGUCGAAGAGCGUAUGGAACUGGCACUUCAGCACAUCGCAACCGGCGCAUGGCUCAACAUUGCUCCAUUCGCGCACCGCGGUGUUGAGGUCUCUUCGAGUCUGUUGAACUGGGAAACCAUACCACAAGCGCUUGGUUUCGCGUUGGAAGGUGGUUUGGCGCAGAUGUGGCCUAUCGACGAUGGGAGCGAGGAGCGGAUCAGUACGUGCUCGAGCGACGACUCCUUCAAUAAGCCAGAAGCGGGUGGAUCGCCGACUUAUGACCCGUACUCUUCAGGUCUUUUGCACCGUGCAAUUGACUUCACCGUUCAACAACUGCCACCGAACUUCUACCUCGACUCGACCGCACCGCAGCUGGAAGCAUGCCCGCGUCUCCCACCAUUCCAACCUUCGCACGAGAGCAAGCUAUCACGUUCAGAUCCACGUUUGAGCAAGAUCCGUUUCGGCGAGGUCCCCACCGAUGACCACCAGCGCCCUUCUUUCGCCACUACGACCGUUUCAAGCAUUUUACUUUCUCUCCCCUUCCCUCUACUCAAAUGCCUAUUGGAGCACCCUAUCCUGUCGACUCGCCUCGGCUCCGAGACGGUUGCGAGCAUCAUGCGCCAAGUUGUCAACGAGCGUGAAGUUCGUCGACAAAAGGCACUCAAGGCUCGCACCGACAGUCGCGUUGUUGAUGGCGCCGAGUCGACUGCAGUGCAGAACCUCUACUGGGAGGAACUCGUUGAACCCUUUCCUCAAAACCGAGCGGGCUUCCGCCUCGCGCGGAGACGCCGUGGCAUUGACACCCCGCCCAGCUCUGGUAACGAGUCUGAACGUACAAAGUGA